AUGUUGGGCAUGUUGGGGUACGGUUCUCGAACUGCUCAAACAUGGCCACAUUUGGAGAUAGCCUCAAGAAGCUCAUCAUUUGCGCACUCGGCGUCCCCGAAUAUUAGUUUAGGUUUUGAGUUUGCCUGCGUAUUUUUCAUCCAGUCUGACCCAGAGCGACACUGCAACACAGACUGGAUCCUCGAGGCAGACGCUAACCUGACGUCGGAUGAGCAGCUGAACUUGACCGUUCCCCGGGAGCGCGACGGUUCGUUCAGCAGGUGUCGCAUGUUCGUGCCGGUGGACUGGGACAUCGGAACCAUCAGGGGGGGGGGCGGACUCAACGAGACCACGGCGUGCCAGAAUGGUUGGAUCUACUCCAGUUCACUUUAUACUGCCACCAUAGUCACUGAUGUAACCACAGAGUGGAUCGGUGCAUCCAAAAGGUCGUGGGGGGCAUGCGCGACCCAAAUAUGUGGCGCAGUUGGACAGGCCACGCUUGCUGGUCUGAUCUAUGUUGUCAGAGAAUGGAGAGUAGCUCAGCUCAUAACGGCAGCUCUGCUUUUAGCCAUCGUUAUUUAUAUAUGGUUUGUUCCAGAGUCAGCCAGGUGGUUGUUGGAGAGCGGGAGGACAGAAGAGGCUAAAGAGUUGCUUUUGAAGGUGGCAGCUAUCAAUAAACGCAGAUUUUCAGGCACUCUUCUGAAAAAGAUUCCUGUAAAAGAAACUGAGAAAAAGAGCAGCAUUUUAAUACUUAUCCAAUCAUCUGUGCUUCGGAAGUAUUUCUUGGCCAUAUUAUUUACAUGGUUCUCAUUGAACGUUGCAUUAUACUGCAUUUCAUUCAACGUGGGGAAUUUUGGCUCGGACAUAUUCCUGACACGGUUCAUAUUUGGACUGACUGAAAUACCGGCUCAUCUGCUGUGCAUCUGGCAGUUGGAAGCACUGGGGAGAAGAAUAUCUUUCAUCUCAACACUUCUAAUUGGGGGUGCCGUGUGUAUGUUGAUGCUCGCAUUUAAACAAGGUAGUGCAGAAGGAAAUCCUGUUGCUUUUACGGCACUGGCCACCUCUGGACGUUUUGUAAUAAACUGGGCUUCCACCAUAUGUAACGUUUAUGUUCAAGAGUUAUUCCCAACAUCUUUCAGACAAACAGCCUCCGGUUUGGGGUCCAUUGCAAGUCGGGCAGGCGGUCUUAUCGCGCCGGUGGUCAACAUGUUGGCUAUGUACCACUGGUCCAUACCCAUCAUAAGCUUCAGUGGCCUCACACUGGUCAGUGGUGGUCUCUGUUUCCUUCUUCCCGAGACACGGGGAAUCGAGCUGCCAGAUUCAAUUGAUGAGGCUGAAAGCAUCAGGAACAAGAAGACAACCAACAAAGAGAAUAACUCAAAUAUUAUACAAAUGAAAUCUAGUAAACUGUAAUCUAUAUCCUGAUUGUUGAAACAGAUUACCACUAGCAGUUUUCAGAAUAUAUGUAUGUACA